AUGGGCCGCCGCGCGCCGGCGUGCGACUGGGAUGCGUACGCGGACCGGUACCCGGACGUGCGGGCGGCCUUCGGCCGCGACGCGCGCGCGCUCGCGGCCCACUACGACGCGCACGGCGCCGGGGAGGGCCGGCACUGCGCCGCGCACGAGGACUUCGCGGAGGUCGUCGACCUGGAGGGCCUCGACGUGCCCGCGCGCUGGCGGGUCUUGCGCGGCGGGACGAUGGAAAUCGUUCCCCACGUCUUCGUGGAGCUCCGCGGCGACGCCGACCACGCCCGCGUCGCGGGCCACUUCUGCGGCGACGCCCAGCUGGGCGGCGACUGCGAAGCGUCGGUGCGCGCGGCCGUCGAGGCGGCCGCUUCGGCAAACGCCGCUCACUUGAUCGCGACGCAGCCGGGGACCUUCGAGGUGCCGCGGACGACGGUCUGGGGCCAGGAGACGACCGACGGCGCGCGGGUGGUGGCCGCCAGCUGGCUCCGCGAGCGGGACUUCGCGAGCCGCUGCGCGCCCGACGAAACGUCGGGGACGAAGGUCGCCGUUCUAGUCACGGGCCAGCUGCGGGUGUUCGGGGACGCGCACCGGGCCAAGCUCCGGCGCGACCUCGCGGACUUCUCGACCUUCGUCGCGACGUACCCGGAAUUCCGCGCCGAGGCCGAGGCGCUCGGCGCGGAGGCCGUCUACGCGGACGCCGCGGCCCUCUCGCACCUCCUGGCGAGGCACAACGUGGGCCUGGGCCACUCGCACUUCGGCGCGGCCAUGGACGAGCGCAAGGUGCACGGCCAGGUGUGGCAGUGGGCGCUCCUGGACCUCGCGCUCGACGCCUUCGGCGCGCGCCUCGAGGCUUUCGACGUCCUCGUGCGGACGCGGACGGACCUGGACGAGCGCGCGCCGCUGCCGUACGCGUCGCUGCGCCCGGCGCCGGGCGCCGUGCACUGCCGGUCGGACUUUGUGUUCUACGGCGCGCGCGGCGCGUUCCUGGCGGCGUUCGGGCCCAUGUUCCGGCGGGUCCUCGGGGUCUACUGGCGGCCCGAGGGCGGCCGCGAGGGCCAGCCCUACGUGCCGAUCGACUGGGGCGCGCUCCUCGAGUCGGACCUCUCGGGCGUCAAGUGGUGGUGGCUGCCGCUCCCGCUCCGCAUCUUCGGGGACGCGCGCCCGGCGACGCCCCUCGACCUCAAGCUCUUCGUCGCGGACCACCUUCGGGAGCUGGGCGCGGUGGCCGCGGGCGCCCCGGCGCGCCUCUCGUACUUCCGCGCGUUCAACUCGGAGGCCAGCGUCGCGCACCAGGUGCUCGCCACGCCCGAGGUCGUUCUCUGCGCGGCGCCGACUCCCCUGCGACUCACGCAGGCCACGGAGCCCUCCAACUCCCGCUGGACGCUCCAGCGGCGCCUGCACGAGGAGUUCGCACCGGAGGCAGCGCGGAAGUCGGAGAAGUUGAACGUCGACGUCUGCGAUCCCGCGCGGUGGUCGUCGAUGAACGAAUCCGUGAAGUCGAAGUGCGUAUCCGCGACCGUCGGCGGCGUGCGCCGCGUGCCGACGAUGACGCUGAAGUCGGUCUUCGACGUGCUGCUGCCCGUCGGUGCGCACGUCGAUUUUCUUUACGUCGACGCGCAGGGCCACGGUUUGAAGAUCCUCGAGGGCGCGGGCGACUCCCUGGCGCGCGUCGACGCGAUCGUCGUCGACGCGCUCCUGCGAGACGAGGCGCUCAUGUACGAGACGCAGAACGGCUGCGCCGUGGAUACAAUAUGUUUCGGGUAA